GCUGCAGCCGGGACCACUUCCCAAAUUCCACCUUCACCACGACAACUGGUCUGGUGGCCCGACUUUCCCUUCUUUCCACCAACCACCAGAACACGCAACUUUUCCCCCAAGCGUCGCAGAGAUCGGAAUACCAUCCUGCGCGCUCUAAUCACUCUCGCGUCCAUCGAGUAUCCUCGAGUGGCAACGCGUCUUCACCAUCAUUCCUUCACCCUACCCUCUCUUGUGACUUGGCUCGCGUUGAAACGCUUUGCCUCGUCGGCCCCAUCCCGCUCUUCUCUCGAAGACAAACAUCAUCUUGCAUUCUCGAUCCGGCAUCUUGCCAUCAAAUCGCCAUCAUGUCUCGGGGUGGAACCACGCUGUAUGUUACUGGCUUCAGCCAUGGCACCCGAGCCCGCGAUCUCGCCUACGAGUUCGAACGGUACGUCCUAUAAUCACCCUCGCCGACGACCCGAAUCGCGCGAUCGACUCGGAAGAAACAUGCCGAUGCCCUACCCUCCUCGUCGUAUACGUCGUCGCCCUCUCCGUCUUGUCAUCCAACCCAUCCCGCGAUCCCGCUGCGUCCUGCCUACAUCCACCGUCUAGUCCUUCCCAUUUCAUUCUCAUCGUCGUCACACGGUCGAGCGGUCGAUGCCCGAGCUCGCCACGAUAUCCGGCCCGAGACCCGAGUGUCCACGAUGGCACAUCCUCCACAUUCAAUCAUGACGAUGUAGCAGCGGAGAUUUCGAAGACUCCCUCCCUCAUCCAUCGGUUUACAGUCACUAACAAGAGCUCCCUUGCAGCUAUGGCCGACUUGUCCGCUGCGACAUCCCCGCGCCUCGCUCAGCGUCUAGCCGACUCUUCGCGUUUGUCGAGUAUGAGGAUCGCCGCGAUGCAGAUGAGGCGUAUCACGACAUGCAUAACAAGCGACUUGGCCGUGAUGACGUCCUGAAGAUCGAGUGGGCGCGCACUCCCCCUUCGGCUUCGUGGCGCUUCGAGUCCGGCCGUGACCGUGACCGCGCGGGUGACCGCGCUGGUGACCGUGGCUCUGACCGUGCGGGCGACCGCGGCUCUGACCGCGGCGGUGACCGCUCUCGUCGGUCGCCCAGGCGCAACCGGUCGCCAUCGCCUACUCGUCGCCGGGACUACUCCCCCCGCAAGGACUCUGACCGCCGCGACCGUGACCGCGACCGCGACUACGACCGCGACUCUCGUCGUGACCGCGACCGCUCCCGCAGCCCCGACAAUCGUGACCGCGACCGCGAGAUGAAGGAUGUCGAUCGUGAGGACCGCCGUGAGAAUGGCACCAAUGGUGAUGAGCGCAAGGCGCCCAUCGAGUCCCCGCCCCCCGCUCACGACGAUCUCGAUGUCGCCGAGUGAUGAUUCAGGGAACCUUUCUCUGCGCACUCUUGAUCUUGUGUCGCUAUCUUCUCGGCAGGCUAGGUUAGGUUUUCUCUCCUUCUCCGUAAGGACUACUUACCAGAUCGCUUGAGAGCGAUGUGUUUUUUUUUGAAAUUGCACCUGUCUAGUCUCGGGCGGCCGGUCGAUCUCUUUCGGUUUCCUUUUCCCAUUCGGUGUAGACAAACGGUAUCCACGGUUAGUCGGGCGAAUCGAUCGAACGGAACGGAACGGAAUCGCGAACGACGCGAAUCGAAAUGGAUACCAGCCUAUGGCGUUUCACCUUCGCGAUGGCCUCGCCGGACUUCAUUCAAGGGAAAGUAAAUUAGUUUUGCUCUUAGUUAGAAAAGCCUACCUUCACAAUGCCGAAUGUUUGCCAA